AUGGGCGACCAACUACCAAGCGGCGCAAAAACUCCUACACGGAACACCCUCUCGCUGACCGAGUACACUGCUACUCCCUCUCCUCCCUCCAAGUCAGAGGAAUGCCCGCCAGAAUGGGACAUCCCCGAGGGGUUCCUGCUGCCAAACGGAUACCCAGAUACAUGGCAUACUAACAAGCGGCUGCAGUACAUACGGCUCAUUCUGACAUCUCGAGUGUAUGAUGUGAUUCAAGAAACGCCUCUUACACAUGCUGUCAACCUUAGCAACCGACUAGAAUGCAAGAUCAUGCUGAAGCGGGAGGAUCUCCUGCCCGUCUUUAGUUUCAAGCUCCGGGGUGCCUAUAACAAGAUGGCCCAUCUACAGGGAGAGAAGCGGUGGAAGGGAGUCAUUGCUUGCUCUGCUGGUAAGAUACAAGCUGCUCCGCCUGUAUACGAUCUUGCCCACGUGGUAGGUGUUGCAUACUCUGCACGCCAUUUAAAGAUCCCAGCGACGAUUGUCAUGCCAUCAGGUACUCCGGCAAUUAAACACAAGAACGUCUCGAGGCUAGGUGGGACGGUCAUCCUCCACGGACAAGACUUCGAUGCUGCGAAGGAAGAAGCGCAGAGGCUCGAGAAGCUCCAUCACCUCACCAACAUCCCGCCGUUCGACGACCCGUAUGUCAUUGCUGGACAAGGCACAUGCGGCAUGGAACUUCUCAGACAAGCGAACUUACAAAACCUAGAAGCUGUCUUUUGCUGCGUUGGAGGAGGCGGUCUGAUCGCCGGUAUAGGCACCUACAUCAAACGCAUUGCGCCCAAUGUCAAGGUUAUAGGAGUCGAGGCUGUUGAUGCCAAUGCCAUGAAGCAAUCUUUAGAGACUGGGACACGCAUCACACUCAAGGAAGUUGGCCUAUUCGCCGAUGGUGCUGCCGUACGAGCAGUUGGCAAGGAGACUUUCCGUCUCUGCAGAGAGGUGGUAGACGAAAUCAUCGAGGUAUCAACCGAUGAGACCUGCGCUGCAAUCAAGGAUAUGUUCGAAGACACUAGAUCAGUCGUCGAGCCUGCGGGCGCCCUGGCGCUAGCUGGCUUGAAGAAAUACAUAUCGAAAUACCCAUCAAAGAAUCCGAAUAGAGAGCUAGUCGCCGUUGCGUCCGGAGCGAAUAUGAACUUCGAUAGGCUUCGUUUUGUAGCAGAGCGUGCCGGCCUUGGAGAAAAGAAAGAGGCGUUGCUACGUGUUUCUAUUCCUGAGCAGCCUGGAGCCUUUGCCAAACUUAUAGAUGUUGUAAUGCCACAUUCUGUCACAGAGUUCAGCUACCGCUACUCUGGUAAGGAAUAUGCCGAUAUCUUCAUGGGAAUAUCACUUUCCACUCCAUCAGAUGCCCACGACUUGCAAGCCCUGACCGCUCAGAUUCGAAAGGGGGGCAUGGAAGCAUCAGAUUUGAGCAAUGAUGAGCUUGCAAAGACACAUCUUCGGUAUCUUGUUGGUGGACGCACAAGUACUCCAGACGAAAGAUUGUUCAUGUUUGAGUUCCCUGAACGCCCUGGUGCUUUGGAGAAAUUCCUCACUACCCUUCGCCCAAAUCAAAAUAUCACUCUCUUCCACUAUCGAAACUUUGGAGGGGAUGUUGCGAAAGUUCUCGCUGGUAUCCAAUGCCCACCUGAUGAAAGAGAAGCUCUAGGCGCGUUCCUUCACGAUCUCAGCUAUCCUUUCACCGAGUGUACGGAAUCGCCGGUAUAUCAAAUGUUCCUGAGGCAAUAA